AUGGUGCUUAGUGAUUCGUUGAAACUGCCCUCGCCUUCUCUUUCUGCUGCUGCUGCUGUCGUGGACGACUGUGAUAGUGAGGACCACCCCACGUGCCAGAACUGCUUCACCGUUAAAACCCCCCUCUGGAGAAGAGAUGAACACGGUACUGUUCUGUGUAACGCUUGCGGCCUUUUCCUGAAAUUGCAUGGCGAGCCAAGGCCCAUUAGUUUGAAAACUGACACUAUCAAGUCCAGGAACAGGAAAAAACUAAACAACAAUGCCACAAACAAUGCCAGCUCUAACUCUAACGCCCACACUAACGACCCAAAUAAAAUAUUUAAAAGAAAAAAACGGCUGCUCACAACUGGUGGAGGCUCGCUGCCCAGUAAUAACCCAAAGGUAUCCAUCUUGGAAAAAUUCAUGGUUAGCGGGUCCAUCAAACCACUGCUGAAACCAAAGGAAGCACUGCCCAGUGCUAAAGACUACCCCAUGCAGCGGGGAAAAUAUUCUUUGGAACCCAGCGAGCCCAGUGGGAAGAACUACCUCUACCAAAUCAACGGUUCCGAUAUAUACACGUCAAAUAUAGAGUUGACAAGGCUACCCACGCUGUCGACAUUAUUGGAGCCGUCCCCCUUCUCAGAUCCUACUAUACCGGAGAUAGAGCUGACUUGGAAGCUGCACAACGAAGAGGAAGUAAUCAAAUUGAAGACGAAGAUAAGCGAACUGGAGCUGGUGACAGAUCUAUAUAAAAAGCACAUAUUCCAACUUAACGAGAAAUGCAAGCAACUGGAGGUGGAGCUUCACUCCCGAGCUCCAAUCCAGCCUCGCCCACAACACUAA